UCGGCCUGCAUCAACGACAACGCCUGGCAUGAUACGAGAAGAGAAGUAUCACAUGAAAAUUUGCGAUGGCAGCAAGAUGUGCCUUAGAGCAAUGGCGGGCAGUGCUGCUAUAUCACAGUACAGUGAUUAUCGUAAAGACGUAGCAAUCGUUGGAAGGGAAUUUGCCUCUGUUGUACCUAGCUAGCACACUUUCCAGCCAUGUCACCAAUCACUCCAGCCACUCCAACUUCUGUCGACCUCUUGACAUAUCUUCGUGAACGAUCUUCUAUCGACUAUGACUGCCUCGAUCCGACAGCUGCAGAGAAAUUGGGACCAUUCGAGGAUUGUACAUCGAAUCAGUGGGAAGCCUUUGCUCAGCUGAGCAAUCCGAAACACGCUGCGCUGCUCAAGGAAGCUAUUGCUCACGCCAGCCGAGCCGAGGCCGAUUUCAGAGAUGUCUCUCCCGAAGAGCUGGCGGUGGAGUACGGGAUGAUAUUGCUGUCCCUUCGGAUGAUUCCUCUAAUUCGCGGCUCAAUACAUGUCAUGUGCAAUCCACUCUAUUCUUGGAAUACAGAGAAGGUGUACAAAACGGGCCAUCGUUUUCACAAGAUAGCACACGAUUUGGAUCCGUCCUUCGAUCUGUCAAGACUAAUAAUGAAGGUCCCGGCGACUUGGGAAGGGCUUCAGGCCUGCAGAAAGCUGAAAGACGACAAUAUCAAGACUCUCGCAACCACUUUGUUCACGAUGGAGCAAGUUGUGCUAGCCGGUGAAGCAGGGUGCAUAUCCAUCUCACCAUUUGCUCAUGAACUGCGAGCUCAUCUGGACACUUCGUACCAUGAUACACAGCCCAUCAUGGAUCUGUUCCUACAAGCCCAGAUGUACUACCAGCAACACGGAGUCCCCACUAAGGUCAAAUCCUGCGCAUUUAUGACGAUCGACGAAAUCAUCACCAUGGCUGGGGUCGAUGCAAUGACCCUCCCAGCAGAAGUCCUGGAAGAGCUUUCAAAUACAAAAGAUACAGUUGACCGGCUUGAAGAGAAAUCCGUCUUCCAUGCAGCGGCCCAGAGUCUCCAGGCACAUUCUGCUCGUUUGACGAAGCAAAGCUACAUCGACGACGAGGCUGGCUUUCUGCGAGCUUACUGCACACAAGGUAGGGGAAGGGCGAAAACCGAGGAUUCUAUUGCUGUCUUCUGCAAGUUUCAGGUGGAUGCUGAGAGUCUCAUGGCGCAGCAUAAACUACGUGCGAAACUUUGAUACCGCAACUGGCGUCGAUACCUGUGCGCUUCGCGGAGUGUGGAGAGCAUCACAGGUGUCACACUCAGUCGUCUUAUCAGUGUGUCGUCGCAGCUAUUGCGUUUGGGAAUAGUAUUGUGCGGCCACGCAGUUCAAGCCUCAAUAACAAUCAUGAUGCCAGCUGAUUGAAUGGCAAAGUGAACUAUACUAAAUAACGGAGACUGCAGUAGGCCGUCGAUGUUGUGGCCUGUUUCUUCCAGCCUGAUGUCCGAAUAGAAUAUGUCACUCAGUCAAUUGAGCAUUCUCUGUAUACACAAUUCAAGCACGAAAUGCAGAGAAACUCCACUUGAUGACACAACAAAGCUCGUCGGGAAUCAAAUCUAGAAAUGCAAAUGAUGAGAAGCCUUGCAAAGAUCGGAGCUAAUAUGCCGCUGAGCUUUCAUGAUCAUGACAUCUUGCCCGUAC